AUGCUAUAUAUUCUGUUACCACGGUCAAACAAAGUAGUUUUGAGUGAAACGCAACAAGCAGUUACUAAAUCAAGCAUCCUCCAAUAUGAUGGUGCUAUUUGUUAUAACACUGAUGGCAGCAUUUGUAGCAAACAUACUAUGUGACUGCUACGGGGAAGGAACUGGUAUUCACCAUAUUGAUGAUUGCAAAGGAACAUUUUAUGCAGCUGGCGGUGGUACCUACUAUUUCACUAAUGGUCCGAAAAAAUUCGUUGCUGCUGGUGGUGGUUCUUACUUUGGGGAUGCUGGUGGCGAUGAAUUUACUGCAGGUCAGUCCGGCGACUACCAUUUUUCUUCAGCUAGAGGAAAACAUCAAAAGGGAAAAGGAAUUGUGCAAGGAGGUAGUGGAGGAGUUUACUAUCUACCUCAUGGAUAUGGAACGGUCACUGGAGCCAGUGGUGGUGUUUAUUAUGGAGAUGCUGGUGGAAGGGGAAUGGUUGAUAGUACAGGAGGAAAAUUUAUUGUUAGAGCUUCUUGAAAACCAUAAUUGGAUCGAGUGCGGGAAGUAUUCAAUAAAGAUAUCAAGGCCCUGUUAUUGAUGGUGACCAUGGGAUCCACUGUUGAAUAGUUUCAUCGUUCGGUGUGGUUUUUGUAUUUU